AUGAAACGUCACAAUGCGAAGGCUAUUGCAGCGGCUGUUGCUAUUGCUGCAGCAGCUGCAGCCUCCGCCGAGGGCAAAAAGAAAGCGGACACCAAGCUGACUGUCAGUAAGUCGACGCUCUACGUGGAUGUGGUCAAGAAUAUGGUCCGGCCGGAGAGCUCGCCACCGGCGACACCGCCGCCGCCGCCAAAGUUCACCAUUUUGCGUGAGGAUUUCCCAGCUCUGCCGGGCACUCAAGACGAUUUGCGUAGCAACAAUAGUGCCACCGUGCCGGAUGACUGGACGGCCAUCAUCAGUGACGAUGACGACGUUGGCAACAACAACAAUAAUAAUGAUGAUGCUGUUAAUGAUGAUGUUGAGGUGUCGCAGCCGUCGCCGUCAACACCUUCACCUCCAACACCGUCCCCACCAACGCCUUCGCCGGAUAGUGUUAGCGAGCCGGAGUCGGUGCCGGAGUCGCUGCCGGAGUCGGUACCUGAGCCGGAGUCGGGGCCUGAGUCCGAUUCGGUGCCGGAGCCGGUGUCGGUAGCUGAGGCAGUACCGGAGCCUGUGCCUGAGCCCGUGGCUGAGCUAGUGCCUGAGCCGGUGCCGAACAACAGCAACAGCAGCGGCUGCAAGACCAACUCCAACUCCAGUGAGCAUGAAACGGUGCAGCCAGAACUGCCGGCGGUGGCUCAUGUGGCCGCCACCACCGAUUUCUAUGGCAGCUCCUGCACUCCGGGGACCGAAGUGUAUCCGAAGAUAGUGAGGUACGUGAAGAGCACCAUCUUCGACACGCAGUUCCUGCUCGUGGGAAUGCGUCAGCGUGCGUGGUCGCGGCAGAGGAGUAGCAAUGCGAUGUCGAACGUUGAGCCGCCGCCUGGGUUCGAGAAUAUCAAAUUCUAUAGUCGCUUGCGCACCAAUCGCUUGGGCGUGCCGCUGGGCGGCGUGACCCUUGACGUAACGCCGCCCCAGGCGAAUAGCAGGCGCUCGGAGCGCUCGAAUGGCACAAGCAUGGAGGGCGCCUAUGGCUUGGCCGGACUGGCUAGCAACUUGGCGGCGGCACAGCAGCAUCCGCAUCUAUUUUCAGAGAUCUUCGGACAUGAGCCGGCGGGUCUGAAUGUGGAUGCGCACUGCUGUGCCUGUGAGGCGAACAAGCUGCACGCCAGUUUCGCCGGGCCGCUGCAGGGCGGUCGCUGUGCUCCGCACGAGGUGAACUACGAUAUACCGUCGUACUAUCGGCGCAAUAGCGAGGAUGAUCUGGCGCAGCCAAAGAUCGAACAGAUGGAAGUGGAGCUGCUGUUCUUCUUCUUCUACACAUAUCCGGGCGACAUGAUGCAAAUGCUGGCCGCUGCCGAGCUGGCCGAGCGCGGCUGGCGUUUCCACAUAUACGAACGUCUCUGGAUUCGACGCCAGGCCGACAAUCCCCACUACAUCGUGUGCGAUUAUCAGGAGUGCGGCGAAUACAACUACUUCAACAUGGUGCACUGGAAGAUCAUGGCUCGUCACUUCGAUCUGCUGCCCGACCAUCUGGAGCGCACCAUAACCAAGGUCGAGCUGCGCGAUCAAUACGGCUAUCAUCCGCAGAUGGGGUGAGACUACCUAACUACA